AUGGAUUCAAGUGCAGCUAUUUUUAGAGUCAUAAUUACUUGUUGUUUAAGUGAGACAAUCGAUGAAAUAUGUGGCUCUAGUGCACAAAAUGUUGCUGGUGCGGUGGACAUUCAGACGGAGCAUCCUGAAGAGUGGAACGAGACAGCCAAUAACAACAACAAUACUGGUACUGAGAAUGUGGUUCACAUGGUUAUAGAUAAUGCAGCAAAUUAUGUAGCAGCAGGAAGGUUAUUAGAACAAGAAUUUGCAACACUUUAUUGGUCUCCUUGUGCAGUUCAUUGCAUAAAUUUGAUGUUGCAAGAUAUUGGAAAGUUGGAUGAACAUACAAAUGGGAAAGAAAUACUUCAUCCUGCACCAACUCGUUUUGCAACCAACUUUAUUGCCUUACAAAGUAUUUUGUCACAAAAAGAUGCGAUUCAAGCUAUGGUGACGUCAAAAGAGUGGACUACAUUAGCAUAUGCCAAGGAAAGAGCUAAAAAAAAAUUUGUUGAUCAUGUUUUGGAUUCUAGUUUUUGGAAAGAAUGUGUUGUGAUUGUCAAAGUCACUGAGCCUCUCGUGCGUGUUUUGCGUAUAGUUGAUGGUGAUGAUAGACUUGCUAUGGGUUUCAUAUACGAGGCUAUUAACAAAGCUAGAGAAGAAAUGCGUAAAAGAUUUCAAAGUAGGAAGAAAAGGGUUGAGCCUCAUUUGAAGAUUGUUGAUUCUCGAUGGGAUAGGCAAUUACACAAAAAUCUUCAUGCUGUUGGUUAUUGGUUGAAUCCAAGAUUCCAGUACAACAACCAAGAGAUGGAAAACCACAAGCAUACUAUAUCUGGACUUUUAGAUGUCAUUGAAAGAUAUUCUAAUGAAAAUCUUGAUUUGAGAUCUAUGUUGACAAGUGAGAUGAAGUUUUUUAGAAAAGCUCAGGGAGACUUUGGACGAAGGAAUCAUUUGAAAGGUCGCAAUUUUGAUCCUCUUAAUUUUGAAGACUUCGAUGAAAUUGGAGAUUGGGUGCUUGAAGAAGAGCCUAAUAUUUUAUCAAGCUCUGAAUUAAAGGAUUUCUCUCAACAUCUUGCUUCUUGUGAUAUUAACAUUCAAGAUAAUGAUGAUUUGAAUAUGGAUGCAAUUUUUAAUGAUGAUGAUGAUGAUGAUGAUGAUGAUGAUGAGAGUCAUGAGACAAAUGGCAUUGAAGCAAAUCUUGGAACCAAUUCUAUUUCUCCUUUUCCUUGGCCACCGAUGGAUUGA